ACUCCAAAGCUCGGUGAGGUUGUCCAGGGCCAUGUCCAGGCACGUUCUGAACAUUUCCAAGACUGAAGGUUCCCCAGCCCCUCUGGGCACCCUCUCCCAUGCUGAACCACCCUCAAGAGGAGGUGGAUGGGGGCACUGUCCUUUUGCACAGUUUCCUUUCUUGCAAGUGAUACCUUUUUCCUUUGCCCUUCUCUCUGCCCCUCUGAGAAGUCUUGCUCAGUUGUUUCUGUCCAAGCCCCCUCUCCCUUCAGCUGGUGGGGCUGCUGUUGGAGCUCCCUUUUGCCUUCUGUCCUUCGACUAUUAUUCUGUUGCUGUCCCCUGCCCCUGGCAUGUGCCUCAUUGCCCUAUGCCUGAGCAGUUGAGCCUAGACUUUUUACUGACAUUUCAAUUUACUUACGAGGUGAGUUUUGGGAGAUUUCACCUUUGAGAUGAAAUAUGGUUACUCUUUUGUGAUCCAUCAGAAAACAAACCUAAGAAAGGUCAUUUCAGAACAGCAGAGUGGCUACAAGGAGGGAGUGAGAGGGAUGAGCAGCAGAGCCCAAGGCUGUCUCAGUGGCCAGAAGCAGCAGCUUUAUGGCCAGUACACAGACCAGAUAACUGACUUCGCAGAGAAGGAAGCAGCAAAGCUACUGAAUAAGAAGCUGGCCCAGAAGAACAAUGGAAGACCCCUGAAACGUGACAGUCAAGUACAGAUCAAAGAAGAGCACUAUUCCAAAUGUCAAGACUGUGCUAGACGCAUCCACAAAUAUGUUACCAAGAAGCUUGGAGAGGACUGGAUUUUCUUGGUUCUUUUGGGUCUGGUCAUGGCGUUGGUGAGCUGGGGAAUGGAUUAUGCCAGUGCGAAGAGCCUACAGGCCUACAAGUGGAUGUACCAAGCGCUGCACCCGAAUGUUCCUAUGCAGUAUCUGGCGUGGGUCACAUACCCACUUGUUCUUAUUCUGUUUGCGGCCAUUUUCUGCCACCUCGUCUCUCCGCAGGCUGUUGGGUCUGGGAUCCCAGAGCUCAAGACUAUCAUGAGGGGAGUGGUCCUCAAGGAAUAUCUCACUCUCAAAGCUUUUGUGGCCAAAGUUGUGGGCCUCACGGCUGGGCUUGGAAGUGGCAUGCCUGUGGGGAAGGAGGGUCCUUUUGUGCACAUUGCCAGUAUCUGCGCUGCUGUACUCAGCAAGUUCAUGUCAAUCUUCUGUGGUGUGUAUGAGAAUGUGCAUAGGCAGUUCGACCUCCUGGUGGUGGCUUGCGCAGUUGGAGUUGGAUGUUGCUUCGGGGCUCCUCUUGGAGGGGUCCUUUUCAGCAUUGAGGUCACUUCCACUUACUUUGCUGUGCGCAAUUAUUGGAGAGGUUUCUUUGCUGCUACCUUUAGUGCCUUCAUUUUCCGGGUCCUUGCGGUCUGGAACAAGGAUGCAGUUACCAUCACUGCCCUGUUCAGAACGAACUUCCGCAUGGAUUUCCCCUUUGAUCUGCAGGAGCUGCCGGCGUUCGCUGUAAUAGGGAUAUGUUCUGGAUUCCUUGGAGCGUUUUUUGUUUAUCUCAAUCGCCAGGUGGUCCUGUGCAUCCGGCGCCAUGCAGCACUCAACCAGUUUCUCACCAAAUACCGCCUCAUAUACCCUGGUGUUAUCACCUUCCUUAUAGCAACUGUGACCUUUCCUCCUGGAUUUGGGCAGUUCAUGGCAGGAGAGUUGAUGCCACGGGAAGCCAUCAGCUCUCUCUUUGAUAACUACACCUGGGCAAGAUACACAGGGGACCCUCUGAUCCUGGGGAAAUCUGCUGCCUGGAUCCAUCCUAAAGUCAGCGUCUUCAUCAUCAUCCUGCUUUUCUUCCUUGUGAAGUUCUGGAUGUCUGUCGUUGCUACCACAAUGCCAAUCCCCUGUGGAGGCUUCAUGCCGGUUUUUGUGCUAGGUGCUGCAUUUGGGCGCCUUAUUGGGGAAAUCAUGGCAUCGCUUUUUCCGAACGGGAUCCUCUUUGAUGGUAUCGUUUAUCAGAUCUUACCCGGAGGGUAUGCUGUUAUUGGUGCAGCAGCUCUGACAGGAGCGGUGAGCCACACUGUCUCCACUGCCGUGAUCUGCUUCGAGCUGACAGGCCAGAUCUCCCACAUCCUCCCCAUGAUGGUGGCGGUCAUUCUGGCCAACAUGGUGGCCCAGAGCCUACAGCCCAGCCUCUACGACAGCAUCAUUCAGGUGAAGAAGUUGCCCUACCUGCCAGACCUGGGCUGGAACCACAUAAGCAAAUACAAUAUCUUUGUCGAGGAUAUUAUGGUCCAAGAUGUGAAAUUCGUCUCCUCCAACUGUAAAUACCGAGACUUGCAAACUCUGCUCCAGAGCACCACUGUUAAGACUUUGCCUUUGGUGGACUCGCCAGAGACCAUGAUCCUUUUGGGGUCCGUAGAGCGCUCUGAGCUGCAGGCUCUCCUCCAGAGACACAUAAGCCCAGAACGGCGGCGGCUCCUCAACAGAGAGAUGCAGCAGAAGCUGUGCGAAGCACCCUAUGACGGGCACAGCAAGGGACCGUGGGCAGCCCUGCCAAAGCUGAAGCACGAAUCUUUUGCUUAUGUUGAUGAGGAUGAGGAUACGGAUGAGAAGGGAGAGCUGCCUCGGCCCCCAAGUCCUGCGCCCAGUUACCCAGAGGAGCCCAAUGGGCCAACAAGUCCUCCGAAACAAACGCCUGAAGCUCUGGAGCCACAGCAGCCCCCAGGCAAUUUCAGGAGUUUGAGGCAACUGAUCCAGCAGCUCUUGUGUCAUUACAACCGUCCACUUGAAGCAGAGAGUGCCGUCCAGGAGCCGGUGGAAGUCAUUGAGACAAUGAGGCCAGAAGAGAUAGAUGCUUGGGAACAGCAGGAGCUGAACAAGACUGUGUGCUUUGACAGCUGCCGCAUAGACCCUUCCCCUUUCCAGCUGGUGGAGAGAACUUCCCUGCACAAGACGCAUACGUUGUUCUCAUUACUGGGCCUCAGCCAUGCCUAUGUAACGAGCAUGGGGAAGCUGCGGGGAGUGUUGGCUUUGGAAGAGCUCCAGAAGGCAAUAGAAGGUUCCACACGCUCUGGGGUUCGCCUCCGCCCGCCCCUCGCCAGCUUCCGCGACACCAACCGGACUUCAACCAGCAGCGAGAAGGUCAGUCAGGCCGCUCAGGUGUGGAGCCGGCAGGACAGCUGUGUGGUGGCCACACUGCAAGCAGCGGCUCCGGGCAUGGAGAGCCCACUGCCGCCCUGCUCGCACUGCUCCCAGCCCCAGCACGGGUGUGAAGAGGGGGAGUUUCUGGGCUCCACUUAUGCCACAGAUACUGAGCUGGAAGAGAUGGAGCUGACAGGGCCAGUUGCUGACAAUAUCUCGGACAUCCUCAAGGACAUAAGCCUACACUCCACUGACCUGGAUGAGGAUGAAGAUGAGGAUGAUGAUGUCCCCUUAUAGCUGGUAUGAGGGGCGUAGUCCAUCACAGUCUUCACUUGAGCCAGUCGUCUUGUGUUUGCUCCUGAAAGAGAAGCUUUUGGGUGUUCUCUGCAAUCCCCACAGAGGAUUAAUUCAUCUGGGAGAGGGGGCAUCAGAGCAACCCUCUCCUCUGCUGCUCUCCUUCUGUGCUGCAAUGGCUAGGCUGGGCUGCAGGGCUGUGCGGGGGGCAGGCAGGCUGUGGGGUGCCUGAGGGCACCUCAUCACCCUCAGGCUUCUGCCGCGCCUUCCUAGCAUGGCAGGAGGGAUUGUGACUGGGCAUGAAUGCUGCUGGACACAGUUGGGAAGCUCUGGGUCAAUGUGCCACGUGGAAAGUGGGGGAGAAGCAGCUCUUCUCGUUCUCCAUGGGUGUCAACCUCCCAGUCACACCUGGCCUGCGCGCACCACUGCAAACAAGCCAGACCUCCAGCCUAGAAGCAUGUUGCUGCUUCUGACAGCAAUCCUGUCCGUGUUGCUGCAGCUCCUUUUCACUAGCUCUUACCUUGCAUCCCCCCAAACAUUCCCAUGUAGAACAUUUUUCCUCUUUCUCAGGUUUUACUCUGGGAUUUUCCUGGAUGGGGGUGCAGUUAGGAGCUUCUCCUCUGUCCUUUAGCUGAGGCAUGCCCUAAAAACAGAUGGGAGGAAAACACUUGACCUACAUCUCAGGUCUUUAAUUCAGCCAGGGCUCUAAGAAAAGCACUGGAAGGGAGGAAAGCCUCUUUGUUUUUCCACCAUCUCUGGAAUUUUAAAAUAGAAUGUGAAAAUCUUAAGUGGGGGCAUCCUCAGUAUUGGAGGAAGAGGAGUAAAACAGCAUGUAUGCACCUAUAUUUUAAAUACCUGUGUUUGUCUCUCUAAAUCACUGUUCAUGAUUUUUACAAAUUUAGUCUUAAAAUACAAGAACUAAAAAAAACCAGUAUUAUGGAGCAUUAGCAGGCUGCCAAGAAAUACAGCAGAGGGAAGCCAUGUUUUCUAAACUUUGAAAACAGGUCUCUGAAAAUUCCUGCUCUCUCUCCUGGUAAUUCUACCCUGCCUACUUUCCACAUAUUUUUGCAUACCUCAGAUCUGAGAAUUCCAGCUCUCACUUUUGCCAACUUGUCUCCAUUGUGACUAACAGCAGAGACCUCAACCCUUGUCUGCAGCGUCCCUCUCUAUUCCAGUUCUAAAUCUGGAGCAGAUCUUGAUCUGUAUCUUGCAAAAAGAUGUCUUGUCAGUUUGUGUCAUGCAUGCAAAACUUUAGCAUCCAAAGAUAAGAUGCUGCUUUGUUUAACUCACUGUCCUUGUGAGGUUUUCUCAGUAAAUAAGGCAAAAUCAAA